AAAAACAUUAAGCAAAAAAUAACAAAACCCAGAGAUGAUAUAAAUUUGGAAAGAGCACCCAAAAAAAAGAAAGAUCGAGUGACCCACCAUGUUCAAUCUUCCUAUCAAUUCAAAAAGCAAAGAAAAUUAAAGAUACCCCAUUUGCCAUUACCCUCUCACUCUAGCUACCAAAAACCUAGCUGUGAACCACCUACUUUGGUAAUAAAGCAGCAGAACCGGUUCUUGCCCUAAAGAAGAAGCAGAAACAUAUCAGACAAACCCUAAAUUCAGUACUAUGGGAAGAGGAAGGGUUGAGCUGAAGAGGAUAGAGAACAAAAUCAACCGACAGGUCACGUUUGCUAAGAGGAGAAAUGGUCUGCUUAAAAAAGCUUACGAAUUAUCUGUUCUUUGUGAUGCUGAAGUUGCUCUUAUUAUUUUCUCUAACCGUGCCAAGCUUUAUGAAUUCUGCAGUAGCCCCAGUAUGGCAAAGACAAUUGAGAAGUACCAGAGCUGCAGUUAUGGAGCACUGGACUCCAACCAAUCUGCGCAUGACACACAGAAGAACUAUCAGGAAUAUUUGAAGCUAAAAUCCAAAGUGGAGGUCCUACAGCGUUCACAAAGGAAUUUCCUUGGGGAAGAUUUAGGAAAUAUGGGGACAAAGGAACUUGAGCAGCUUGAAUACCAGCUUGACUCAUCUUUGAAGCAUAUCAGAUUAACCAAGAACCAAUCCAUGAUUGAUCAACUUUCUGAUCUCCAAAAGAAGGAAGAAAUGCUAUUGGAAACCCACAAUGCCUUAAGAAAGAAGUUGGAUGAAACUAAUGCAGCUCUUGAACCACCAUGGGAAGCUAGGGACCAAUGCGUUCACUAUGAUCGCGGCCAGCCUGCUCAAUCAUCGGAGGAUUUCGUCGAUUCUUUACAAUGCAGUAAUCACGCGCAGAUCGGUUACAGUACUCCAGUGGAAACUGAUCAAGCGACUGUUGCAAGCUCAAGUGAAAAUAUCAAUGGAUUCAUCCCUGGCUGGAUGCUUUAGUUAAUUAAUUUUUCAAAAUUACAGGCAAUAAUGAAUUGUUAUAGAAUAAAAAGUGAACGAAAUCAAUUGCUAGACACUAAUAAAUUUUUAAUUAUCACAAUUAUAUUAUUUAUAUUGGCA